CUGGCUGUCCCCUUAUUGUUGUGACUGUUCCCCGUACGUGCGCACGGUCAGGGGCCAUGGCUGCUUGCUGUCUUGCCUGCCCGCCUGCCUGUCAAGAUCGAUCAAGGCUGGGAAUUCCCCCGUCAUGACGUCAGUCCCAGCCAGCGCAGACCAGAGGGGGACCCAUGAGAAAGUCUUGUCCUGUCAUGGCUGUUGCUUGUUUUUUCCAUGACGCUCUGAGAGAGAUACCCUUCGAUAAUCAGUGCCCGCUGGCUCGGCCAGGCCGCGGUGGUUUGUUUGGGAUGGAGCAGAAAGAUGUGGCACCCCCCCGACGUCGACUCGGCAUCCAGGAGGACCCAGGACGCUGGCGCGCCGCCGUGGCCAGCCCGUUGGGCCAGUGGUCGGCCGCGAUCUGAGCUCUGAGGUGGCACCGUACGCACGGGCGAGGCACCGCUCCUUCCUGCUGGAUCUGGAUCCGGAUCGUUGGCGCCAGUUCCAAUCGAACCGCAAUCAUAAUCGCAACGCAGCUGUUGACACCUAUCAGCCAGCACCACCCUGCACAGCUCCCACUCACUCUGUGGGGAAGCGGCUGAGUCUCGCAUAAGCAUCCAUCCUCUCUGCCUCUCUCUCGGUUUAUCUGUCUCCCUGUUCCCCUGUCUGUCUGCUCCUCGCCUGCUGACCGUGCUCCGUAUUUGUUUUGUUUUGGCCUUUCCGACCGUCCGACCUUCCGACCCUCGUUUAUUAGUCUCUUCUGAGCAACUCCCUCAUUUCAUAAGCCGUCGGACUUCGGCCUCAACUGCCUUUAACCUUGCACGCCCCAGAUUAUUCGCGCUCCCAGCCCACUCUAGGCUCUCAGUCCAGUCCAUCCGGAGCCGUGGCCUCCGGGCUGUCAAUGAGAGCCGCUCCCCGUACAUUAUUCUCCGUCCGCCGACCUCGACUGUGAACUUCGUCCUUCGUCUCGAAUCCCAAAUUCGUCUCUAUCCCGUCAAUCCUUCCCAGGAUUUCAUAUCGUGCUAUUGUCUCCACUGCGCUCUUAAACCGUGUUGCCAAGACUCUCUCCCUUUUGGGCCUCACCGUCAUCCCAGCCUUUGCACCUCGGCUGUUAGCCGUCCAUGUUGGUUGCUCCUGGUCGCCGCCGACUUUUUCGUUGACCGGAAUCCUCGGCUGCCUUUAUCCUGCACCCUAGCGGGCCAACCACACCACCCGAGGGCUUUAUGAGAAUCUUGUGAACCAACAUGGCUGUGGAUUUUGCUGGGGACUCGCUCCUCAGACCCGGCAAUGAGGCCAAGGAGGACCCUCUAAACACCCCUCGCCUCAAGCCUCAAGUCCCGGUCGAUCCAAACCCCAGCCCGCCCGCCGACAGUUCAGAUGGAGAGGAGGACCUCUUUGGUGAGGAUGCCGCUCAAUCUUUCAUCCAGCCGGCUCUGAGCCCGGUCGUCUCCUAUCUCACGUCGCCCAAGACCCCGGCGGCUGAGAAGGCGGCUGCAAUGGACAAGAUCAUCGACGGGUACUUCAACGAUGCCGGCGCAAGUGUGGAGCAAGAGUCCCUGGACCAAGUCAUCGCGGGGUACUUCGACGGGGCGAGUAUCACUAGGCAGGAUUCCUCGGGUGACGACACACCAACACAAGAGAAGCCUCGGCCAGACCAAAGCGACGAUUCACGAGCCGGCGAGUCCACCUCACCGGCGGCGGCGCCGCUGCCACAGCCUCUGGAGCCUCUUCCGACGCCCUGGAAAACUGGCUCUAAGGAGCUUGUAGUGACAUCCUCAACCUCAGAAAGCCACAAACCUGCUUUGGCGAGUGUGUUUUCUCAGGUACGACACCGGAGGUCCUCUUCUGGCGGAGCAGAGGCUUUGAGGCGCUUGUCCAAAGCCCUCCCUUCAAUAUCGUUACCCUCCAACUUCAUGCCAAAUCGUCUACCCACGCCAUCCUUCUUCUCAUCGGGGUCGACAUCAUCGAGGUCCGAAUCUAGGGAUUUGACGCCGAAACAUACCCCGCCCUCCCAAUCCCCUCGUCUAGGACACUCGAGCCACGCCAGUACAUUCCCAGCCAUCAUCCCCAGGAAGUUGUCGCCUGCCCCACGGGAUGCGAGCAGAAAUUCGCGGCUGUCUCGCCGGUCGUCAACUGCAUCUAGGAAAUCAUUGUCUCUCAGAAGGUCGACGUCUGACGACUCCAUGCUGUACCACUCGCUGUCGCGCAUGUCUUCAUUUGGGGAUGACCAAAGAUUUACCCACGUUCGUGAGCAGGUCAAUUCGAGGUUCAAGGCAAUCGUGGAUUCAUUUGAUACCCCAUCAUUCAAACUACCAAGCAUGCCCAGCACGCUACUAUCUCCUCUCAAGAAGUCAGAGUUUUCUGCGUCGGAGCUCAACCUCGACUCGAGCAAAUCAUCCUCAAUGAGAACCAUCAAAAUCCCCCGGGAUCCACUGGACAGUGUACUGGAGCACCUCACUGGCGAUCUUGUCAUUAUGGGAGGUUACAGGGGCUCGAUCCUCCGGUCCGCUGAACCACCUCACAGACAGCUCUGGGUGCCUAUGAAGGUUGGCUUGAAAGUGAGAAAGGUCAACCUUGAGGUGGGGCUAAACCCGGAGGACGAGGAGAAUAUGGAGAAGUCGAUUAUCCCAUCCGGAAUGCUAAAGAACAUCGGCCCGGUGGACAUUUCCAAGAGGCUCUUCAAGCGGAUCCGAGAGUGUGAGAAUGCGAGAAGCGGAAAGUUGAGAGUUCACGAUUAUGGCUACGACUGGAGACUCAGCCCACAUCUCCUAUCUAGGAAGUUGAUUGAGUUCCUCAAAGGUCUUCCAUCAAACCAAGGUGAAAACGCGAGUGGAGCACUGGUGAUUGCGCACUCUCUCGGCGGCGUCAUUACCCGACAUGCUGUAAAUCAAGCACCCGAGUUAUUCUCUGGUGUUGUGUAUGCUGGGGCUCCACAGCGAUGCAUCAAUAUCCUCGGACCGCUGAGAAACGGCGACGCAGUGCUGCUGAACGAGAAGGUGCUGACAGCACAUGUCAAUUUCACACUGCGCACGACGUGGGUGUUCUUGCCCGAGGACGGAUACUGCUUCAUCGACAAGGUCACGAACGAGGAAUACCCCGUGAAUUUCUACGACAUAAACGAAUGGGUGAAAUAUCGCCUGUGUCCGAGUGUAAGCGACCCAGCGCUGCCACCAUUCAUGGCAAAACGCGUUGGGUCGCUGGGCUCCUUUCUCAGUCUCUCAGACCUAUCGAUAUCCCGGGGGAGGAGCUCCAGUGACCCUGCAGCCAAGAGACCCGGGCAAACAGCAUCUCCGCAACGCAAAUUAGUGAAGGACAGGGGCCUCGCGCCGCAGAUGGACGCUUCGGCUUCAUCAGCAGAACAGCACGAGGAAGAGACACAUGCAGUCUCUACCAAGGAUAAGUCUGACCGAAGCAAAAACCUUGCCUACCUCGCCCGAACGCUUGCCGAGACCAAACGCUUCCGUGCAGAACUCCAACACAACGAGGCGCACAAGGCCGCCAACGCCUACCCUCCCAUAGCCGUCCUUUACGGCAAGGAGAUCCCGACGGUGUUUGCGGCGCGGGUGGCGUGUCGUGAGGCGAUCCCGUGCCAGGACGCCUAUGACAACCUUGCCUUCGGAUCGGGCGAUGGUGUCGUCUUGGCCAAACAGGCGAUGCCACCUCCUGGGUACGAGAUCGUGAAAGGCGGGAGGAUUUCCACAGACAAGGGGCACAUCUCUAUAUUAGGGGACCUCAGCGCCGUUGGCCAUGCCCUGCAAGCUGUCACAAGGGGGCGAGCAAAGGGCAUAGGCUUGGGCAAAGCUUCCAGGAGAGGGAGUGGAAGUAGCUGUUAAAACAUGUAAAAUCAAGCACGUCUGUAGCGUAAGAGUAUGACUUCCAUGAAGCAUCAUCAGUGUGUACGGUAGCGCAUCGAAACAAUCGGGUCCAUGUUGUUUGAAUGUGUGAUGUGCGGGAAACAAGUCUUUUUGAAACCUGCUGGGUGACAUGUUUCAACAGUCCAUGUACAUAGGCUGUUCGGCUGGAGCACACGAGACCGUUCAUCCGAUGUGCUUUGUCGC